GGUAUCUAGCAUCGUGAUGGCUCAGUUCUUAUGUCGGUUUCCCUGGAUCAGUUGAAGGCACCAGAUCUCUUACACAAGUCACUUGCAGCAAAGCUAGUUGUUGGCAUGCCAUUUAAGGACUUGGCAACGGUGGACUCAAUCAUACUGAGGGAGCUUCCACCGGUAGAUGACAGUGAUACCAGGCUGGCUCUUAAAAGGUUGAUAGACAUAAGCAUGGGUGUCAUAACGCCUUUAUCGGAGCAGCUAACAAAACCAUUGCCUAAUGCUAUCGCUCUGGUAAACCUUAAGGAAUUAUCAACCGGAGCGUACAAGCUUUUGCCAGAAGGUACGUGCUUGGCUUUAUCUGUGCGUGGUGACGAGCCCUACGAAGAGUUGGAAAUCCUUAAAGACAUUGAUCCUUCUGUACUUCUUCAUAAUGUACCCUACAAUGAAGUAAAGAAUCAUAAGUUUGGCCGACUGCAUGCAGCAAGGAGGUUAUUUGAGUAUCUAUCGGAGAAUAGUCUCAAUUUCCCUGUAAUCCACCAUAUUCAGUUUCCGAAUGGGAUUCACAGGGAUGACUUGGUCAUUAAUGCCGGAGCCCUUCUGUUGGAUGGACUCGGGGAUGGUGUCCUAUUAGAAACCCCAGACCAAGAUUUCGAUUUCCUCAUAAACACUUCUUUCAACUUACUACAGGGCUGUAGAAUGAGAAAUACCAAGACGGAGUAUGUAUCAUGCCCAUCCUGUGGCAGAACUUUGUUUGACCUUCAAGAAAUAAGUGCACAAAUACGAGAUAAGACGUCGCACUUGCCUGGC